AUGGUCUAUCGUCAUCCCUCCAUCGUCCAUCACUUUUGUGUUCGUGUAUGGUGCACCGUUUCUCAAGAUUACGACAAAACAGGGUUAUUACUUGAGAUUUUAAGCGGUCUUGAGAACGAUGUUUCUAACAAGCAUUUAAAUAGAAGUGAAGAUGAUAUGGCUGAUGCAAUUCGUAGACAUUUGAAGGGUAAGCCAUAUCUCAUAGUUUUGGAUGAUGUUUGGGAUAUGGAAGCUUGGGAUAGUCUAAAAUUGUCAUUUCCUGAUGAUAAAAGUGGAAGUAGAAUUCUUGUAACCAGUCGAAACGAGAAUGUGGCUUCACAAAUCAUUCCGCAAAGUCAAACCCUCCAUCAUCUUCGUUCACUCACGGAUGAGGAGAGUUGGAAACUGUUACAAAUGAGGAUAAGUUUUGAAGAAGGUUGUCCUCCUGAGCUUGUUGCACGUGGCCAGGCAAUUGCACAACGUUGUAAAGGUUUGCCGUUGACGAUCGUAACUGUUGCUGGCCUCCACUCAAACAUGGAGACAAGUGGGUGGGAAGAAGUUGAAGAAAGCUUAAACAAAAGCUGCACACCGGCUCUAGAUCAGUGGAAAGAGACUAUAGAGUUGAGCUAUCGUCAUUUACCGGACUACUUGAAACCAUGUUCUCUCUACUUUGGAGCAUAUAAAGAGGACCAAAGGAUACGUGUUCGGGAAUUGUUAGAGCGAUGGAUUGCGGAGGGAUUUGUGGAAAGGACUGCGGGAGGAUGUGUAGAGGAUGUAGCGGAGGCUUACUUGACAGAGUUAGUACAGAGAAAUUUGGUGAUGGUUGCUGAGAGAGGAUCUAGAGGGAAGAUCAAAUUCUGCAUGCUUCACGACUUGUUACACGAGUUUUACAAGGAAAAGAGCAUUGGAGAUCACUUUCUGCAGCGAUUACACGGGAGUGAGCUUGGUACUUCCGCAGAGCCUAACAUGUCUUAUCGGUUGUUUAUAGACUCUAGCAGAGAGGAGGAUGUUGCAGAGCCAAAGCAGGUUUUUCCUUAUCUACGCACUUUGUUCAUUCCUAAUAACAAUGAUAACUCCUCGUGGGAUGAACGACAUCGGAGGGGUAUUUUGUACAAGUUUUGUCGGUCCAAACUUGUAAGAGUUUUGGACUGCUGGGGCAUGGGUUUCUUCGACAUCUUUCCGAGAGUAGUUCUACAACUUGCUCACUUGAAAUACUUGAGAUUGGGAAUUGGUGCAGAACUAUUUAUGCUCACGCCGUUAAUCGUCAAUCUCUCAUCUUUGGAGAUACUUAGUGUUGUGGAUGCCCCGGCUACAGUGUUAUGCUGCCAGAUACUUUGA